AUGGUCUUCUUGGAGCCCAAUAAGUUCAACCAGGAUUCUAGGAGUCUCUCACUUAACAUCACUCUGGGUUACAAUAUCUAUGAACACUAUUUCAGUGAACAAAUCACUUUGGAUACUCUUCUGGACCUGCUUUCAGAUGGGGAGGCCAACAUUCCCAACUACAGGUGUGGAAAGCAGAAAAGCACGCUCGCCGUUCUGGAAGGGGCCAAUGCUGACAUUUCCAUCCUCAUUUCAAACAUGUUGGGCACCUACAAAGUCCCACAGAUCAGUUACAGUUUUGCUUCCCCAAUUCUGAGGGAUAAAACUCAGUUUCCUUUCUUCUACCUGAUGCUCCCUGCUGAAGGAGUCCAGUACCCAGGGAUGGUCAAGCUGCUCCUCCAUUUCAGGUGGACCUUGGUUGGCCUAAUGGCUCCGGACACGGACCAGGGGGAGAGGUUCAUGAGGACAAUGACCUCCAUGCUGAUCAAGAAUGGCAUUUGUCCAGUUUUAUCUCAAAUGUUUUCCAUAAAAAUCAGUAACUUGGUGUUGAGUUUGGAACCAUUUGCCAAGUGGAAUCAAACAAAGAAAAUGGUGACCUUUGACGCUUUUAAGCAACUUCACUCCUCCAUGAAACUCUUUGUUGAGAAAUCCUUUACGUGUUCCUCCAUCAAGGAUGUCUUGUCUGUGAAAGCCUGGAGACGGUGCAGGGAAAGAAAGCUGGAGCUUCUACCCCAGGGAGAGAUGCAACAAAUCCUGUCUUUUGACAGCUCUUUCACUUACAGCAUAAUCUGGGCUGUGGGGCUGACCUUGCAUUCAGCCUAUUUCUCCAGAUCCAAAAGGCCAUUUCAUGCUUUCCUUCAAACCCGCCAGUUUUAUAAUCAUUCCAUUGAUGGGGUAUAUUUGGAUGAAAAUGGAGAGCCGGCAGUUGACUUGUACAUUGUGAACUGGAUGGUUUACAAAAACAAGUCUGUCACCAGGAUGAAAUCUGGGCAUCUAGAAAGACAGGGAAUUCAGGAUUCCAAACUGGUGAUCGACCAGAACAAUAUUGCUCAGAUGGAAAAAAUGAACAAGCCCCUGCCUCCUUCCAGGUGUGUGGAAAGUUGCCGUCCCGGAUUCAGGAAGGUAGCUCAGGAGGGGAGGCCCAUUUGCUGCUAUGAUUGCAUUCCUUGUGCAGAAGGAACCAUCUCUACCCAAGAAGAUUCUGAAAAAUGCACCCCUUGUCUAGAAGACCAGCAUCCAAAUAUCAGACAAGAUCGUUGUAUGCCUAAGAUUAAAACCUUCCUAAGUUAUCAAGAAUAUUUAGGGGUCAUGUUAAUUUCCAUUGCCGUGUUCCUGUCUUUAACCACAGCCUUUGUUUUGGGGAUCUUCAUUAAAUUCCUAGACACUCCAAUCAUCAAAGCCAAUAACAGAGACCUUUCCUACAUUCUCCUGGUCUCCCUCCUGCUUUCCUUCUUCACUCCCUUCCUCUUCAUUGGCCAGCCAAGGAGAGCCACCUGCCUUCUCCGACAGAUAACCUUUAGCAUCAUCUUCUCAGUUGCCAUUUCUUCCAUUUUGGCAAAAACAAUCACAGUGGUGCUGAUUUUCUUGGCCACAAAACCAGGGAAUAAAGUUCAGAAAUGGCUGGGGAAGAGCUUGGCCAACUCUAUUAUCCUUUCUUGCUCUGGUCUUCAAAUUGUCAUUUGCAGCAGCUGGCUUGGCACCUCUCCCCCAUUUCCUGACUCUGACCCACACUCUCAACCUGGAGAGAUCAUCCUGAAAUGCAAUGAAGGAUCCGACACCAUGUUUUACUGUGCUCUUGGCUAUAUGGGAUUCCUGGCUGCCAUCUGUUUCACGGUGGCUUUUCUGGCCAGGAAUCUGCCUGGAGCCUUCAACGAAGCCAAGCUGAUCACCUUCAGCAUGCUGGUCUUUUGUAGCGUCUGGGUCUCCUUCAUGCCCACCUAUCUCAGUACCAAAGGGAAGUACAUGGUAGCUGUGCAGGUCAUCUCCAUCUUGGCCUCCAGUGCUGGCCUUCUGGGCUGUAUCUUUUUCCCCAAAUGCUACAUUAUUAUUUUGAGACCAGACCUCAAUACUAAGGAACAACUAAUCACGAAAGCUAAAAAAGAAACAUGA